UGUUUGGAUAUGUGACGUCAAUUGCGCGGGAGCCCAGAAGAGCGAUCGGGUUGUAGCUGACCAGUAGAUGAUGUGAUGCAGUAGUGUUAAAAUGGCAGUGGAUUUAUUUAGACUGGUUCAGAAUGGAUGUACUGCAAGACAGUUAACGCUGGUUACAGAAAAUGGUUCUGACGUCAACAUUUCUAACGAGGACAAAGAAUCCCUGCUCAUGUUUACAAUGGCGAACUCCCGAGCCCCUGGAGAGAGGAAGGCGGAGCUCAUCCGGGCACUUCUCCAGCGGGGGGCUGACGUCAACGCCAGAAAUGCAAAAGGACAGACGACGUUUAUGUAUGCUUGUAUCAUGAACCAAGUUAAACCACUCAAAGUCCUCUUAGAACAGAAAGAUUUAAAUGUGAAUAUUCAAGAACGGGAUGGGAACACAGGCUUGAUGUACGCAUGCUCGAUCGGAAACGAACAAGUUGUAGAAGUCUUGCUGGAAGCUCACCAUCAGAAGAAAAUUAAUAUUAUUUUUGACCUUAUGAACUCCAGAGGUCAGACAGCCUUGGACCGUGCGCAAUCCAUGCACCGCGAAAAAAUAUUGAAUGUAUUUUCAAAAUUUUCAAUUUCGAGUGACAGUAGAUUUAAACCGACAUUUUUGAAAUCCAAGAGGGAACCGUUAUCAAGGACCAAGAAAAAAGACGCAGGAGGAAGGUCAAAGAAGUCAAGCGUGUCGUCAGUUUUGGCGGGCUCCGACACAGAGGAUGAGUUAGAAGACUUUGGUAAACUUGUCCGCACUAUGCGUGAAUGCGCAGCGGAAGUUAAACAAUUAUGCAACGACCAGAAUAUUUCGUAUGAUAAAGGAAUUCCAAAGACCCCAAAAUUUCGAAAGACUAACAAAACGAACAGACCAAAAGUUGAAAACAAAACUCUGAGUACACCACGCAUAGAGAUUCAUCCCGAUUCUGAUGGUUCAACAAACGAACAAAAACAAUCUGUUAAAUCAGCUAACUCUUCUCAAAGUUCUCAGUCAGUGAAAAAGGGAAACAGGAAAGCUACAAGUUUAAACCAAACACUUUCUCCAAAAGUUCCAAAUUUAGAACUUCCCAGAAGAGAAGAAACACCCUGCGAAACGUCAGUAUUACAAGACAGUGCCAUGGUUUCAAAGAGUAAGAGAAGCCAAUCCUCUACAAGACAUAGUGCUAAAUUUCGAGAACUUUCAGUGGACACUAUGUUUUCCAAAGGGGAAUCAGUGCAUUUACAUGAUCGUGAAAUAAGCAGUGCCAAUCGAUCGGCUACUAGCCCGGCUGUAUUGGAGUCAGCUUUCAGGGACCCCUGGUCCACUUUCGGCGACCCACUCCCUGGGAUAAACAACUCACCAAAUUCCAAAAGUUCACUGUAUUUGCCUCCCCUCAAUGCAGCCCCGGGAGGAGAAAACGGUAGAGUUCGGGGGAAAUCGGGGAAAGCCAAUAACGCCGAUAUUUGGCAGUUACGGGAGGGCCCGCCAGCGUCGCGGGAAAUCCAAGAUCGCUAAAAAGGAAAACAAUAUUGUAAAUUGAAAUUUCCAAUUUUGGAUUAGUAAUAAGCCUUUAAUUCUAAAUCAGUUAUCAGAAUCAAUAUUUUCAUAGAAAUAGAAUGGCUUCAUAUUGAUUAGAAGGCAAUCUUAAAGAUAGCAACAAAAAUAAUAAUUUUCUGAAAAAUAUAUGAGAAAAUCAAUUUCAUUACUCUUUUUUGAAUCACUGGGUAUUUGAUCCACACGGCCAGUACCAGAUUUCAAUCAAUAGACUUCAUUUGAAGAGAAAAGUAAAACGAGAGAGAUUAAUUGCUAGUUUGGGUAGUUGUCUCGGGUUCAUUGCAUUUUAAAAGUCGGCAAAUACUCAUUUCAGGAAGGUGUUGUAAUUCAGGGUUAACAGACGUCUUUUAGGUGUAAAUUGCCAAUUGAUCUGGGUAUUUCAAUAAAUCUUUUAUUUGGUAUAGGAGCAGCGUUACUAUUUCACAAUUCAUCACACGAAUUUUCUAUUACCCAAUUGAUUAAUUUUUUGUUACGCAACAUCUACUGUGUAAUUAAAGCAAACAUUAUUUUCCUAUUACUUCCAGGCACAUGCUGCUUGGUCGACUAGCCACAAUAUACAUGUAAAUAUGUUUUAGUUGUUUAACCUUUUCUUGUUAUAAUGACCUGUUUGUGGUUAUUAAUAAAU